AGUUUGACCUGGCAUGAGGCAUUAGGCUGGUUGGUGCAAGUAAUCUUCUAACGCAAGUACACUUGCUAUCACAACUUUGAGCUUAGGAGAGAUCUCACAUCCAUUUUCCUAAAGUUCACUAGAAAAAGAAAGUACCCUGGUGUUGUGUGGCCUCCUAAGAAUCCAACUUACUAAAAGGUUUCACUAAGAUAUGGAGAUAUUGACACAAACAGUACAUGAACUUUUAAUUUGUUCAAUGUAGUCUCUAAAACUUUAACCUAACGUUCAAUGUAGUCCAUGAACUUUUAGUUUGCUCAAUGCAAUGCCUAAAUUUUGAUAAUAUUUAAUGUGUUUCUUUCCUUAAUUAAAGAUAAGGGACAAUAUCAAACAUUUUUAGAUUGUUCAGGGAUUAAAUUGAACAUGUAUCAAAAGUCAAAAUUUAGAGACUAUUUAUGUCAUUUUUCCUAACAUAUCAUAUGGAAAAACAUUGCAACUUUUCAUUUUGCAACUAUGAGUGAGCUUAUAUAAUUUUAACUGAAAACACGUAAAAGAAUCUCGAGUUAGUAAACUUUGUUUUGUAGUAGUUCAUUUCCAUGUCCCUUCAUAAACUCUUCCACAUGCACGAAAUAAUUACACAAAUGGCUUUUCAACUUUGACCCUAUAUACAACGUAGUCCAUGAACUUUUUAAUUUAUUAAUGUAAUUCUUGAAGUUUAGCUCAAUAUGUAUUGCUAUUCAUAAACUUUCAAUUUAUUUAAUAUAGUCAUUGAACUUUCGAUAAAUGUUCAAUCUAGUCUGAUACUAUGUGAAAAUAUCAAAUGUUGUCCUUCCAUUAAUUUAAGUUAAUGGAAUUUACCGAUUGGAAUUUCAAUCUAGUACAUUUGAAAGGUAGACAACAAAUAUCGUUACACACAGAUUAUCCACAUAAGAUAUUCAACUUGAAUCCAAAUAUGAUAAUAAAUGUCAUCAAGUAAUAUGGACAAGCAUUUUUCUAAAUUGUAAUAUGCAUAAUUAUUUUUCAAAUUAAAGAAAGUAAAAUAUUAUUGUGCUCUGAUUUGAGUUGAAUAUUUAAUGUGAAUAAUCCAUGUGUAAAUUAUUAUGCUAGUCCACCAUUCAAACCUACCGGAUUAGAAGCUAUAACAGCAAAUUCCAUCUACUUAAAUUAAUGGAGGGACCACAUUAAACAUUUUAAUAUGUUUCGGGGACUAAAUUGAACACGUAUAAAAAAUUCAAGAAUCGCAUUGUACAUUGAGUCAAACUUCAUGUACUAUUUGCGUUAUUUUCUCUAAAUACAACAAUGAAGUAUAGUUUGCUCUACUCUUUCAACAGUCAUUGGCUGGAAACACCAAAAUUGCCCAAGAUAAUAAAAAGAAACUUUGCAAUUUUGAAAUCCGGAUUGAAAGAUUAGAUAAAGAUCUUGGAAAACCCUUCUUCUUCUUCUUCUUCUUCUUCUUUUUUUAAUGUUCAAUUGCUUCAUACUCACAUAACAUACGACAUAGGAAAUCAUCCGGCCACGUUAUACGGGUCUUGAGGAGAGAGAGUUGUUGUUCGGCAACUACUGACCGAACCAACCCUUUUCAGACUUCCUACUAAAGCAAGACAUGGUGCGCACAUCUAUCGUACUCCCUCUCUGCCACCAACCGCUAUUGUCACUGCCUUUUCUUUUCCCUUCCGGUAUUUGCACUUGAAGAAUAUGUACAGAGGUCCGAGGUUGAGCACAUAGAGAGAGAGAGAGAGAGAGAUGGGAUUAUCUCGGAAGUGGUUCAAGCUGAUCCGCAAGAAGUUCCGCGGAUCGUCUCAUAGGAGCAUCCUCACCAGUAGCGAUGGCGACCGCAGUCCUAUAGGAGAAGCGUUAAUAGCCGAUCGAAUCAGCGAGGACUUGCUGGACCGACAGGCCAUCCUGCUGGAUGAACCGUCGCAGCAGCGACAUUUCACUGAAGAAGAGCUCGCGGCCAUCAAGAUCCAAUCGUAUUUCAGAGGGCAUCUUGCGAGACGGGCAUUUAGAGCGCUGAGGAGCCUCGUGAAGCUGCAAGCCUUGGCUCGGGGCACGUAUGUGAGGAACCAGGCGCAAAUAGCGCUGCGGUGCAUGCACGCGCUAGCACGAUUGCAGGUUCGAGUUCGCAUGCGGCAGCUUGUCGGAAUGUAUAUUGAUAAAUGAACAGCAUGCGAAAUUUUCUCAGGACAUGCGACCAUUGCUGUAACAAAGGAUCAUGCUAAGAUGCUGUCUGACAUUGUGAAUAAUGCAGAUGUUUCGACACUACUGUUUCGAAAGGCGCGACACUGUGCAACAUUUCUUUUUUUUUUUCCCUGAAUAGUUGUUUGACCAUGUCGAUGCUUAUGUUUAGUAAUUCUGAUUCCUAGCCAACGUUUUUU